UAACAGUGACGGUGGGCCGACUGUGAUCGUCGAAGCCGAACACGAAUCCGAAGCUGAAACCCAAGCGCGAGCGUGAGCAUCAAGUAACGUUGGUUAAUGUCGCAUUUCCGCGCUGUUUUUACUCACGUUUGUUGUUGAGAAGUGAAGGAUUUUGUUAAAAAACCCAGCCACGCGUUGACGAUGGCAUCUGACGAAGAGGUGGAGGAUAAUUACGCGGGCGAAGACGAUGUUGAUGAAACCACUACUACUGUACCAGCUAUUAAUCCGCCACUAGAUGGAUCAUCUGAUGCAGAAGAAUCUCAAAGAUUGGAGGAGGAUGAUGAUUAUGAACCAGAAGAACGAAAGAAAAAGAAGGGGAAAAAGAGGAAAGCUAGAGGAGAGGAUAAAAAGGGAAAGAAAAAGAAGAAAAAGAAAAAAUCCGACUCUGGAGAUGAAAGCGAUUAUGGCGGUGGAGAAGUAGCUGGAGAUGGGGCUGGUGAAGAUAGUGAUUAUGCAGGCAAUCGUAAGAGUAGAAAAUCAUCAUCGAAAAAGUCUUCAAGUCAUAAUAUAUCAGCAACUCCAGAUACAGCAACUGCGAUGCCAACAAUAGAGGAAGUGUGUAGUGCAUUUGGACUGCAUGAUGUUCAGAUUGAUUAUACUGAUGCCGAUUUUCAAAACUUUACUACCUAUAAAUUAUUCCAACAACACGUUAGACCUUUAAUAGCUCAAAGGAAUAUAAGGCAACCAAUGUCUAAAAUUAUGAUGCUGGUGGCCGCUAAAUGGCGUGACUUUUCGGAAUUAAACCCUCACACUCGACCAGAUACUGACGUUUCAACACAAAAUGUUGAUGACGAAAGCAAAAGUGUGAGAGCAAAUCGUGGUGCUGCUGUUCAAGAAGCCGAGGAUGGAGAAGAAGACGAUGAAGACAGUGAUCGUAAACGAAAAUCUCGUGGUUCUCGUGCUAAAAAAGGAAAGAAAACUAAAGUUCCUACAUUAAAGAUUAAAUUGGGCAAACGCAAACGUGGAAGCUCGGAUGAAGAGGCAGAAGGUAGUGUUGCUGGCUCUGAUAGAGAUUCCGACGUUGAGUUUGAACAAAUGUUGGCUGAUGCUGAAGAAACACCAGCACCAGAUGCUAAUGCUAAAGGUACUCAUGAAGAUGCAGCAGCCGAAACACCUGCAGAGCCUCCAGUUCGUAGGAAGGCUAAAACAAAGAUUGGAAAUAAGUCCAAAAAGAAAAAGAAAACUAAGACGACAUCAAAAUUCCCUGAUGGCGAGGAAAGUGUCCAGACUGAUCAUCAAGAUUAUUGUGAAGUGUGUCAACAAGGGGGUGAAAUAAUCCUAUGCGACACUUGUCCGAGAGCUUAUCACUUGGUAUGUUUGGAGCCAGAGUUAGAAGAGACUCCAGAGGGCAAGUGGAGUUGUCCGCACUGUGAAGGCGAAGGUGCUGCUGAAGACGACGAUGAACACAUGGAGUUCUGUCGUGUAUGCAAAGAUGGAGGAGAAUUAUUAUGCUGCGACAGCUGUACAAGUGCUUAUCACACGCACUGUUUGAAUCCACCACUUUCUGAGAUCCCAGAUGGUGAUUGGAAAUGUCCUAGGUGUUCUUGUCCACCGCUUAUGGGUAAAGUAGCUAAAAUAUUAACUUGGAGAUGGAAGGAAUGUACAGAUAGUCCAUCUGAGGAACCUUCGACAAGUAAAGCUGCUCCUAAACAACGUAAAAUGCGUGAAUUCUUUGUUAAGUGGGCUGAUAUGUCUUAUUGGCAUUGUGAUUGGAUCACUGAACUACAGCUUGAUGUAUUCCAUCCAUUAAUGUUCCGUAAUUAUUCCCGUAAAUAUGACAUGGAUGAACCUCCUAAACUAGAAGAGCCUCUUGACGAAGGAGAUAAUAGGGUGAAACGACUGAGAGGUCAUGAAGGUGGAUCAUCAAAUAGCCGUGAUGUUUAUAAUUUAGAGGAACGGUUCUACAGAUACGGAGUACGACCGGAAUGGUUGGUUGUUCAUAGAGUAAUUAACCAUCGAAUUUCAAGAGAUGGUCGUGCUACAUAUUUAGUAAAGUGGAGAGAGUUGGGUUAUGAUCAAGCUACUUGGGAAGAUGAGCAUGAAGAUAUUCCUGGAUUGAAACAAGCAAUUGAUUAUUAUCUCGACUUACGUGCCGCUAAUUGUCUUGACGGCAAUUCCUCCAGAAAAGGCAAGAAAGGUAAAGGUAAAAAGUCUAAGACUCGAGAACUGAUAGAUGAUGAAGAGCGAACACCUAAACGGUAUACUCCACCGCCAGAUAAACCGACAACUGACUUGAAGAAAAAGUAUGAGCGACAACCAGAAUAUUUAGAUCAAACUGGCAUGCAACUUCAUCCUUAUCAAUUAGAAGGUCUUAAUUGGUUAAGAUAUUCUUGGGGACAAGGAAUAGAUACUAUUCUAGCUGAUGAAAUGGGUCUUGGUAAAACUAUUCAAACUAUUACAUUUUUAUAUUCUUUGUAUAAAGAAGGCCAUUGUAAAGGACCAUUCCUUGUUUCUGUACCUCUUUCAACGAUUAUUAAUUGGGAAAGAGAGUUUGAAACUUGGGCUCCAGAUUUUUAUUGCGUGACUUAUGUUGGGGAUAAAGAUAGCCGUAUUGUCAUUCGAGAAAAUGAAUUAUCUUUUGAAGAAGGUGCUGUAAGAGGAGGUCGUGCUUCAAAAAUACGUUCAUCACAAAUUAAAUUCAAUGUGUUACUGACAAGUUAUGAACUCAUUUCAAUUGAUUCUGCAUGUUUGGGAUCCAUUGAUUGGGCUGUUUUAGUUGUUGACGAAGCUCACAGAUUAAAAAGUAAUCAAUCAAAAUUCUUCAGGCUUUUAGCUUCGUACAAUAUUGCAUACAAGCUGCUGCUUACUGGUACUCCACUACAAAAUAAUUUAGAAGAAUUGUUCCAUUUAUUGAAUUUCCUUUGCCGUGAUAAAUUCAACGAUUUGGCAGCAUUCCAAAAUGAAUUUGCCGAUAUUUCGAAGGAAGAACAAGUAAAGAAACUUCAUGAAAUGCUUGGUCCUCACAUGUUGAGAAGAUUGAAGGCUGAUGUUUUGAAAAACAUGCCAAGUAAAUCCGAAUUUAUUGUCAGAGUCGAAUUAUCCCCAAUGCAAAAGAAGUAUUAUAAAUAUAUUUUGACCAGAAAUUUCGAAGCAUUGAAUCCAAAAGGUGGCGGACAACAAGUUUCUCUUUUAAAUAUUAUGAUGGAUUUAAAGAAAUGUUGUAAUCACCCGUACUUAUUCCCAGCUGCAUCACAGGAAGCACCAACGGGUCCUAACGGCAAUUACGAAACAUCAGCAUUAAUAAAAGCAGCAGGAAAAUUAGUUCUUUUAAGUAAAAUGCUAAAAAAAUUACGAGAUGAUGGUCAUAGAGUUCUUAUAUUUUCACAAAUGACAAAAAUGUUGGAUAUCCUUGAAGAUUAUUUGGAAGGUGAAGGUUAUAAAUAUGAAAGGAUAGACGGUAAUAUUACUGGGACACAGCGUCAAGAGGCUAUAGAUAGAUUUAAUGCACCCGGAGCUCAACAGUUUGUCUUUUUGCUUUCUACUCGUGCUGGUGGUCUUGGUAUUAAUCUUGCCACAGCAGAUACUGUGAUAAUUUACGAUUCUGAUUGGAAUCCGCACAAUGAUAUUCAAGCUUUCAGUAGAGCUCAUCGUAUUGGACAAGCAAAUAAAGUAAUGAUAUAUAGAUUUGUCACUCGUAAUUCAGUUGAAGAGCGUGUUACUCAAGUGGCAAAAAGAAAAAUGAUGCUCACUCACUUGGUUGUGAGACCGGGAAUGGGUGGAAAAGGUGCCAAUUUCAGUAAACAAGAGUUGGAUGAUAUUUUACGGUUCGGUACAGAAGAAUUGUUCAAGGAAGAAGAGGGUAAAGAAGAUGAAGCUAUUCAUUAUGAUGACAAAGCUGUUGCAGAAUUGUUAGAUCGUAGUAAAGAGGGCAUUGAACAAAAAGAAAAUUGGGCAAAUGAGUACUUAAGUUCCUUUAAAGUUGCUUCUUACGUUACUAAAGAAGGCGAAACUGAAGAGGAGGCAGAUACCGAAAUUAUAAAACAAGAAGCAGAAAAUACUGAUCCAGCGUAUUGGAUUAAAUUACUUAGGCAUCAUUAUGAACAACAACAAGAAGAUAUUGCAAGAACACUUGGCAAGGGUAAACGUGUUAGAAAACAAGUGAAUUACAAUGAUGGUGGAGUUACUGGUGAUCAAGGUGCUCGGGAUGAUCAGCCCUGGCAAGAAAACCUCUCAGACUACAACAGCGAUUUUAGUGCUCCAAGUGAUGAUGAUAAAGAGGAUGAUGACUUUGAUGAAAAAGGCGAUGGAGACUUGUUGUCUCGUCGUAGUAGACGUCGGCUGGAGAGACGGGAUGAGAAAGAUAGACCUUUGCCGCCACUUCUCGCUCGAGUUAAUGGAAAUAUUGAGGUUUUAGGGUUCAAUGCAAGACAACGAAAGGCAUUCCUCAAUGCUAUUAUGCGUUACGGUAUGCCUCCACAGGAUGCUUUUAAUUCACAAUGUAGGUUGGUGCGAGACCUAAGGGGCAAAUCGGAAAAGAACUUCAAGGCCUACGUGUCACUCUUCAUGCGACAUCUCUGCGAGCCAGGUGCGGACAACGCGGAAACCUUUGCCGAUGGCGUUCCAAGGGAAGGUCUCAGUCGUCAACAUGUUCUCACGCGAAUUGGAGUUAUGUCUUUGAUUCGCAAGAAAGUUCAAGAGUUUGAACACAUUAAUGGUUACUAUUCAAUGCCUGAAAUGAUUCGAAAACCAGUAGAACCAGUGAAAGUCGAAGGAGCAGCGGCGGCGACAACAGCAGCAGCAGCAGCUACUUCGGAUACCUCUGGUACGGCAACUACCGCAAACAGUACAAAUGCAACUCCAGCAACAUCCAAUGCUCCCAGUCCAAGUCCAGGAACUACACCAUCAUCAACAGCAGCGAGUGGUGCUUCAUCCACUACUCCUAAUUCAACAACGCCAACUGACGCCAAUAAAACGACAGAUUCCAAUGAAAAUAAGGAAACCAAGGACGAAACAAAAGAGAAGGAAGUAAAAGAAACGAAGGAGGAGUCUAAAGACACUAAAGAAAAGUCAGAAACAUCUGGUGAAAAAGAGAAUGGAGAAAAGGAUGAGAAUGUUAAAAAGGAAAAAGACACUGAGGAAUCCUCUGAGAAAGAAAAAGAUAAGGUUGAAGUAAAGGCUGAAAAAGAUGGAGCUAAAACUGAAGAAAAAAGCCAGAAUGAAACAAAAGCUAAUGCUGAUACUGAGGAAGAUGUUGUUAUUGUUAAAGACGAUGAAGAAGAAGAAAAGAAAGACGAAAAGGAUAGUAAUAAAGAGAAAGAAACAAAAGAAACUGAAGUUGAAGUAAAACCAAAACGCAAAUUUAUGUUUAAUAUUGCAGACGGUGGUUUCACUGAACUUCAUACGUUAUGGUUAAAUGAAGAGAAGGCGGCAGUGCCAGGUCGUGAAUAUGAAAUCUGGCAUCGACGACAUGAUUACUGGCUUUUAGCUGGAAUUGUUACGCAUGGUUAUGGACGUUGGCAAGAUAUCCAGAAUGAUAUCAGGUUUGCAAUCAUUAAUGAGCCGUUUAAAAUGGAUGUUGGCAAAGGAAAUUUCUUGGAGAUUAAAAAUAAAUUUUUAGCAAGGCGUUUUAAGCUUCUUGAACAAGCACUAGUUAUUGAAGAACAACUGAGAAGAGCAGCGUAUCUUAAUUUAACGCAGGAUCCAAAUCAUCCUGCUAUGAGUUUAAAUGCAAGGUUUGCAGAAGUUGAGUGCCUUGCUGAAUCUCAUCAGCAUCUCAGUAAAGAAAGUCUCGCUGGAAAUAAACCUGCUAAUGCAGUUUUACAUAAAGUUCUCAAUCAACUAGAAGAAUUAUUAUCUGAUAUGAAAUCAGAUGUUAGCCGUUUACCAGCAACACUGGCACGUAUACCACCAGUGGCUCAGCGACUUCAAAUGUCUGAACGAUCAAUUCUCAGCCGACUAGCAGCUACAGCUCCUGGUGGUGGUAACAAUCAAACUGGUCAAGCUGCACUUUUAGCUCAACAGUUUCCCGCAGGAUUCUCGGGUGGUCAGUUGCAGGCGACUUUUGCUGGUGCUGCUAACUUUGGAAACUUUAGGCCACAAUAUUCAGUACCAGGACAACCGCCUCAAGGUUUUACAGCUUGAAUGUAAUAACCUGACCUAAUUGGUGGAAGAUCGACAUAGCCCCUUCGUCAGAUGUUACAUGAAUAUGAAAAUCGAGUGAACUUCGUGCGGGCUGUAAUUUUAUUUUUGUGAAAGUCACAGUGACUAGUUGAAUUUUCACUAGAUAAGGACCUAAGAAUUAAACGCUACACUUAAUACGUACCAAUAAAGAAAAUCACACUCCUGUAUUUAUUAUCUGUACAUUUUGGCGUCAAAUAUCAGCAAAAAUGAAAAGAAGUGAACUCACGUUUUAUAUUGAAUGAAUAUUGUUUACAUAAUAAUUAGAUUUGUGUAAACCUCGUAAUUUUUAAUUCAACGAGGAUCAUAAAAUUUAUAAUAGUUCGA